GUUUUGGCAGGAAGUGAAGUCAAACACAUUGGAGGGAGAGAAAGCAGAGGUGUUUUAUUGUCACGAACAAGGAUGUCCAGUGUUUAUAUAGCCCACAAGUGGUGGUAGUGUGACAGCAGAGGAGUUAAACCCAGCCGUAAUGGCAAAAAGAAAGAAAAAACUGUCUAACUUGGUGGUGUCUUGCGAGUGGGCCUCCUGUACCUUCAAGGGACACUCCAUGGAGGAGUUGAGUGAUCACAUGUCCGUGCACCUGAAGGACCAUCUAGGAGAGGGGGAUGCCAUGGAGGAACUAGAUGACUAUGCUUGUCUAUGGGAGGGUUGUGAGUUUCUAGCCAUGGGAAGCCCCAAGGAGCUAGAACUCCAUGCCCAUUUCCACACCUUCCAUAGCAAGCUCAAGUUCAUCGGGGCACAACUGCUGAAAUCCCACCCUGAGUUCCCCAGUUGUACCCAGGACCUACACAGCAACAACCUGGUCCCUGAAGUGUCAGAGGGACUGGUGUGCCAAUGGGAGCAUUGCGAUAGCACAUUUAACAACCCAGAGUGGUUCUACCGGCAUGUGGACAUGCAUGCCCAUUGCACAGAGCUCCAGCCUCUCCCUGACCAGCAGCAAGCAAUCUUCUGCAACUGGAAAGGAUGUGACGCCUUUUUCAAGAUCAAGUACCGUCUGAGGGAGCACCUGCGGAGCCACACCCAGGAGCGCCUGGUGGCUUGUCCCACCUGCGGCUGCAUGUUCUCCAGCAACACUAAGUUAUUCGACCACAUCCACAGACAAGCUGAGCCUGAGGAGUCCCUGGUGUGUGAGCAUUGUGACAAAGGCUUUGCUAACGAGAGAUUGUUGAGAGACCAUGUUCGACAACAUGUGAACCAUAUAAAGUGUCCUCUGUGUGACAUGACAUGCACUACUCUUGCCACUCUGAAGAUCCACAUCAAGUUCCGUCAUUGUGACGAGCGUCCGUUCCCCUGUGACUUCUGUGAGAGCAGCUUUAAGAACCAGCAUGACCUGCGCAAGCACAUGGAGACCCAUAACGAGGGAGCAGCCUAUCACUGCACUGUAGAAGGAUGCGACUACUCCUCCCGCAUGGCCCACACAAUGAACCAGCACUACAAGAGAGUACAUGAGGGUGGCAUGAUCUCCAAAUACAAGUGUCAUCUGUGUGACAAGACCUUCUCCUGGUGCUAUACUCUAACUCUGCACCUGCGCAAGAAACACCAACUUAAAUGGCCUUCAGGACACUCCCGAUUCAGAUACAAAGAGGAUGAGGAUGGCUACCUAAAGCUGAACAUGGUGCGCUACGAGACCGUGGAGGUGACUCAGGAGAUCAUGAAGAACAUGGCCAGGAAGCGCAACCCUAGGAGGAGACCCUCCUCCGGCCGACUGGCAAAGAGAGCCACCGGGGCGGAACAACACUACAGCUCCCCUCUGAGUUCCUCCCCGCCCUCCUCCUCCUCCUACUCCUCUUCCUCAGAGCUGUCUGCAGAUGAGGAUACGGGCAUGUCGGCCCAGCCCAGCCCCAGAGCCACCGACUCCCCGGUCUACUGUCUCCUGGACAACGUGUCUGACUUGAGGGAGGGGGCUCACGAUACCAUGGACGACUCAGACUUCUGUGAGCCUUCUGGGGCGGUGAAGGCCUUGACGGAAGUGGCCCGGGGCCUGGGGAUGGAUGUGGUGUGAGAGACUGGGGCCUGGGGAUGGAUGUGGUAACCUUGUUGGGGAAGGAGGACGCCAUACCAUACACCUCCAACCUUGGUAUUGGAUGACGUCCUCUGGUUUUUACAUACGCCUAUGAAAUUUAAUAAUUACAAAUAAUGGAUGUAGAGAGCCACUUCUGGAGAAAGCACUUAACCUUGUUGAUUAAUUGAAUUGCAAAGAGUCUGAUCAGUAGCUUUCGGUCUCUAUUGUUACAGCUGUGCUGUGCUGCAUGUUGGCUGGGGAACAUGUCAGACUGUGUCUGGGUAGAUUUCAGAGCCUAGCCCUUAACCCUAAAUGUGAGGAUGGAAAUAAUGAUGUUUUUGUCUUGCAAUAAAGUAAUAGUUACUUUUUAUGUCAGUGUUUGGUUUCGUUUCAUGUUGAUACCCUACAGAAGGUAUUAAGCAGCUUUAGUUAAAUGCAACCUUGUAAUCAGAUGUAUAGUAUGUAACAGUGUAGAAAUCUACUCAGGUUUCUUUUUUUUAAGGUCUGUGUGACGUUACCAUGCAUUCAUAUUUCUAGGUUGGUUGCCAGUUGUACAUAAUUAGAUUCAUGAUAACAGAUGUCUGACAUUACUAGUAAUGUUGAGUUUCAGGUUGUAUGCUUGUAUACUUUAUCUUUACCAAUUUAUCUGUUAUGUUUUUACAUUCCGUUUCUGUACACUUCAACAAGCCUAAGAACAAACAUCUAUCAUUCAGGGGUAUACACACUCAUUGUAUACACACACGUUACAUUAAAUGGUCAUGAAUGUACAGUUGGAAAUAAAGUUUUUUUCAGCA